AUGACUAAAUUCAGACCCUGCAUUGACCUCCAUUCGGGGCAGGUCAAGCAGAUUGUUGGAGGUACACUCAGCAAUGUUGCCGAAGACUUAAAAACCAAUUACGUUUCCAAGCUUCCCGCCAGCUACUAUUCCGAAUUAUAUCAGAAGCAUGAUCUCCGAGGAGGACAUGUGGUGAAGCUUGGUCCUGGUAAUGAUGAUGCUGCCAAAGAGGCAGUGGGUACCUGGAGGGAUGGAUUACAAGUUGCUGGGGGCAUUACGGAUCAGAAUGCUCAAUACUGGAUCGAUCAAGGUGCAGAGAAGGUGAUCAUCACGUCAUUCCUUUUCCCUUCAGGGAAAUUCUCGCUCGAGCGACUGGAGUCAGUCCUAAAGGCUCUGGGAGGUGACAAAUCCAAGCUGGUUUUGGAUCUGAGCUGUCGCCGAAAAGACAAUACCUGGUUCGUGGCGAUGGAUCGUUGGCAAACCAUCACUGAGAUGGAAAUUAAUGCUGAAUCCAUUGCAUUUCUGGAACCCUAUUGCUCCGAGUUUUUGAUCCAUGCUGCGGACGUGGAGGGACUCCAGCAGGGCGUUGACGAGGAGUUGGUGUCGAAGUUGGCCGAAUGGUGCACAAUCCCCGUCACAUAUGCUGGUGGUGCUCGUAGUCUCCAGGACUUGGAAAAGGUUCACGUUAGCAGUAAGGGCAAGGUUGAUUUGACCAUUGGAAGCGCUUUGGAUAUCUUUGGUGGCUCUGGUGUGACGUUUGACGAAUGUAUUGAGUGGAACAAGAACCACUAA